ACUGCCAGCACGCCCAGGCACCCGGACGAAGCGUAAAGAAAUCAGCAUGCGCGUGGGCACCGUGACCCUGGCGUUGGUGGCAGCCUGCUCCGCCUGGCCGACUUUCCUGCACAAGGAAAAGCUGCCACACCCCGCGCCCGGCUUCUCCUUCCACUCCAACUCCACUUCGUCCAACUCCUCCUCGUCCUCCAACCAGAACUCCGCCUCGGGCAACUACACCUCCAGCGGCAGCGGCUUCAACUUCAGUCACUCUUCCUCCAACUCGUCGUCUUCCUCGGCGGACCACUCGUCGUCCUCGUCCUUCUCCGGUUUCUUCUCUGGAGGCAAUUCCAAUGGCGAGUCUGCUUCCUUUGGGAACAGUGGAAGCAAAUUCCCCUUCGGUUUUCUCGCCGGAGGCCAAGCGCCCUCCUUUGACUUCCACUCGCUCUUCGCCGGGGGUCAAGUGCCCGUCCCCGGCGCUCAAGGGUCCUCUGUCGGAAACGAGGGAGCGUCGUCCAGCACGCAGCUCUCUUCUGCCAACAGCCAAGGAUCUCUCUCACGCGCACAUGGAAGUCAAGCAGGUCAAGUGUCUCAGUCCGCUGCUGGCGUUUCUUCUGCCGAUGUUAGACCCGAUGGCUCUGGGUCUCCGGUAAACACGCAAGAUUCUUCAUCAUUCAUCGUCACCACUACUAACCUAAAUACGGUUACUCCAUCAAGUGUUAGUGUCCAUUUUACAACUGAUGAUCCUGCUGCGUCAAGUGCUACUGAGUCCACUGUGUACUUCCAGUCCACAACCUUUGAUCCAGAAGGAAGCACUCAUAAGUCAUUUUCUCAUCAUCAGCUUGGAGAUGAUACGAAUGUGAAAUCUGCCGACUUUGCUUCCGGCCAAACACCACAAGAACUGAACACACAACCUGGCCCAAAAAUAUCAACAGCUGGUACUCAUGGACUACUUUCUGGUAAGGACACAUUGGCAAGAAAUACUCAAGAACUGCUAAGUGACAAAGAAUUUGGCUUUGCAUCUUUUCAUUUCCAGACGAGCACUGUGAGUUUUCAACCUGAUACUCAGGAGGCCGUCACUACUGUCACUCCUAGUGAUUUCGAUUUACCUUUAGAUGGAUUUCAAAAGGAUCAUUUCGACCACUCUACAGGGACACAGGAUCCCUCUAUUCAACUUGAAACUGGAUCACAGAGACACCAGAAUGACAAACACGGCUUGACUGAUGGUCAACAGUCCCAAGAUUCCCAUUCCAGAACUGAAGGUAUAGAAUAUAACUUCCAGUCAACCCAAGACACUCCAUCAACUGGCCUACAGCAACCCUCAUUCGAUUAUCAAAGUGAGAAUGAAGAUUCAGGUGCUAUCACUACAGACUUUUUGAAUUUUCAGCAAACAAAUGAGGCUCAGAAACCUGAAUUUCUGCUGAAAUCUGAUGUUUCUGAUGCCGAAAACCAGGAAGCUUCUUUCAGACUCCAAGACACCCCUCAAGCUUCUAGCUUUGGCUUCCCAUCCAACACAAAUCAUUUUGCAAGUGCCACUGUUGGAUCUGCAGCAGGCACCGGUAGUUCCAUUUCAAAGACUGGGUCAUCAAGUGAAUAUCAAAGUGCCACUAACAGUUUCUUCUCUAGCACUCAAGCACCAAUCUCAAGUGAUGUACCAGCUUCACCAUCUGCUUCCCAGUUUGAUUAUGAUUAUCAUAAUGAUGACUCCACUACACUCUUGUCUACUUCCCCUGUAGUAACAAAACCAGCAUUCCCACCUUUUCCUUCAUCUGCUGGCGAUCUUCCUGCACCACAAAGUCACCUGCCAUCAACUGGAUUCCAAGUUGGAACAAGCGAUUCUUCAGUGCAGGCCGAAGUACCCUCUUCUGGUGUUCAAUCUGAUUUUUCAUUGAGUGGUUCAGGGACAUCAGCACCUGACUUCCAGUUUAAUACUGGCUUCUCUCUUAAUCAAGAUUAUGAUACACAGGAAUCUUCCUACAGUGAACAACCAAACACCCAUUCUGGGAUCUCUGAUGCUUCUGUUGAUAUACAUGCAUUAAAAUCAGGCAGCCAUAACACAAGAGAAUUGGCAUCAGGUUCUGAGUCGGUGUCAGAUAGCCCUUCCAGGUGUUCAAAGAACUUUUGGAGACGAGCAAAGCAAUAUCCACAACUCUUCUGCUGAAACGCAUGGAUUCUUUGGCCUCCAUUCUGCUGCUCUCAGUCCUUCCAUUACUACUGAGGAUCAGAGUUUCCAGACUAACCUUCCAGGUGGCAGUGCUGAUUACGACACACAAGAAGCAGCACUUGACAUCCCCCAGGGUAUCUUUACUU